AUGCCAGUAACUCUUGGAGCGCAUAGUAUUGGACGUGGCACAAUUAAAUAUUAUUAUCUCUUAAAGAUUAUUCUUAAACCUUUAAGAGUUUAA